AAACGGGAAUCAUGUUUACGAGUCUCGCUCUCUAUCUCUAUAAGCAAAGCGAAACCGUAAAUCGACGACGACAAACGGACGGAUCUGGGUCAACGGCGUUUUGACCGUAUGUACGACAAGUAGAGGGUCAAUACUGUAACUGCAACCACUCUGGAGAGUUGGUAUUUAUUUAUAUGGAUUCGGCUCUGUCUUUGUCGCUGUUUUGGUUCCCUCCUUUAUAUAUAUAGAGGUCUCACUUUGCUUUGUCUCUGAUAAAGAGCGAGAGAGAGAGAGAGAGAGAUGAGAACAAGGAGAGGCCUUUGUUAUCCGAGACAGGAUGUUUGUGUUGAUAACUACACGAGAUUAGUGAGGAGAGAUUGCGACGGAGAUUCCAGGGUUUUUCGGAGAAAGAGGCAGAGAUUAUCGCCUGAGGUGGCCGGAAAGUGUAAUCUUUUCGAUUCUCUUCCGGAUGAUCUUGUUAUUUCUAUUCUCUGCAAGCUUAGUACUACCGCCGGUUGCCCCUCUGAUUUCAUCAACGUUUUGUCCACAUGCAAGAGGCUGAACAGUUUAGCCCUAAAUUCUCUAGUGUUAUCCAGAGCUUCACAGAAAGCUUUUUCUGUUAAGGCGGAGAAGUGGUCGGAGUCCGCUCACCGAUUCUUGAAACUCUGUGCCGAUGCCGGAAAUGUUGAGGCUUCUUACACUCUUGGCAUGAUUCGAUUCUACUGUUUACAUAAUCGAGGGAGUGGAGCUUCUUUGAUGGCGAAAGCGGCAAUUAGUUCUCACGCGCCGGCUCUGUACUCUCUGGCUGUUAUUCAAUUCAACGGAAGCGGUGGCUCUAAGAAUGAUAAGGACCUCAGGGCCGGUGUGGCUCUAUGUGCGCGAGCCGCUUUCCUCGGCCACAUAGACGCGCUGCGGGAGCUUGGACACUGCCUUCAAGACGGCUAUGGCGUCCGUCAGAAUAUAACAGAGGGACGCCGAUUUCUUGUUCAAGCCAACGCUCGUGAGUUAGGCGCUGUGCUUUCUUCUUCUGGGGUUCCUGGCAUCCGGGCACGCCCAUGGGUCUCUUGGACCCAGAAUCCACACCCGAAUCCGAGUCUUAACGUCAGCCCCAGUAAUGCCAACUUGAACGGCGUGGGUUGUCCGUUGUUAAGCGAUUUCGGAUGUGAUGUUCCGGCUCCGGAAGUUCAUCCAGCAAGCCGAUUCUUAGCCGAAUGGUUUGCGGCUCGGGGCGAGUCAGCGGGUCCGGGUCUUAGACUAUGUUCGCACGCUGGUUGUUGUAGACCGGAGACGAGAAAGCACGAGUUUCGUAGAUGUUCGGUAUGUGGAGCCGUGAAUUACUGCUCACGCGCUUGUCAGGCGCUUGAUUGGAAGCUGAGGCACAAGGCGGAGUGCACGCCCGUUGAGCGGUGGCUGGAAGAAGAUGGUGAGGGCAACGAGGGCGGCGUUGAGGGUAACAGAGAUAACGAUGGUAACGGCCAAGAUGAGGUUAUGGUCGAGAGUUAACACUUAUCACCAAAAAUGUAACGGUACGGUGACGGUGGGAGCCGUAACGGCUAAGGGGGAGGACAAGCAAAUCUUUAGAAAUGAUGAGGUGGCCAAUUUUGGUUUGAAAAUUGAGUUAAAGAAGGUCCCGCUUGACUGUAUAGAGAAAAGGGUAAAUCCGUAAAAUCAAGGUGAUUGUAUGGCCCUCUUUUUUUAUUAAUUAGGGUUUCUUUCUCCUCUUUUCUACGGUAA